CCCUUUCAUGCUUUCUCAUCCUGCCGUAAGGGCGUCCAGAAGAACUUUUUUCUCUCCCUUCGUUUAAAAAAAACGGCUUGUCACUGUUUCUUAUCGCUUUAUUGAACUGAUGAGUACCAAAGACCCAGGGAAAUGUUUCACAGGUGCACAGUUCACAUAGGGAGUGUAUAUGGAUUGACAUCCCCGGCAGCUCUGAAUACUGCAUGACAAGAACAACCUGUUAACCGGAGCCAAAAUGCUGUCAAGUACUUUCCUUACAGGAGCUUUGCGUAUCUUCCUGGGAGGGAUCCUCUGUCUAGGAGGAUUUGUGACACUGUUUCGCAUGUAUUACAAAUCAGCUCUGGACUGCACUCCUCAGCCUCAUUACUCAAAGCGACCUGAGAACAGAUACUUGUCUAAGAAGCAGCCAGAGCCAGACAAGCCCAUCAUGCUGUUGUGGUUCUGGCCUGAAAACCGCAGGUUUGAUUUUAGUGAUUGUGCCACUUUCUUCAACAUUGAUGGCUGCCACCUGACAGAUGACAGGUCUCUGUACAACAAGGCAGACGGGGUGCUCAUCUUUCACAAAUCCAUCAAAUACGAUUUAUCCAACUUGCCUCCAUCACCUCGACCACCAUUCCAGAAGUGGAUUUGGUAUCAUGUGGAAUCACCUACAAACACAAUUAGGAUACCUGGUCUAGAGAACCUUUUCAACUUGACCUUGAGUUAUAGGGAAGACGCAGACAUCCCUGUUCGUUGGCGUUUGACCGCAAGGAAAGGCCAGGGUGAAGACUUUGUGCUGCCAAAGAAGGAUAAAUUAGUUUGCUGGAUUGUGAGCAACAAUGACCCUAACACUGGAACAGGGGUACGGAAUAACUAUUACAGAGAACUUGUAAAACACAUUAAGGUGGAACUCUUUGGCAAGGCCUAUGCUAGAUUCUUGAAAUAUGAGGAUUACUACUCAACACUCUCCAGCUGUAAGUUUUACCUCUCCUUUGAGAACUCAGUCCACAAAGACUACAUCACAGAGAAGCUUAACGGACCACUUGCAGCAGGAACUGUGCCAGUGGUAUUGGGCCCACCGAGACAGAACUAUGAAGACUUUGUCCCAGGAGAUUCCUUCAUCCAUAUUAAUGACUUUCCCGAUGCAAAAGCCCUGGCUGAAUUCCUCCUCAAGUUGGACAAGGAUGAUGAGGCAUAUCUGCGCUACUUUCAAUGGCGUAGAAACUUCUAUGCUCAGGAACAUCUGCUUCAACUGAGUCAAGAGUUCACGCAAGCUAUUUGCUAUGCCUGUGACCACAUAGGCAAACAUUGGGAGUACAGGGUUGUUCACGAUAUUUACAAAUGGCAUUUUGGUUAAUCAGUCACUUACAUCCUCACCGGUGUAUGUGCUGUUAUCACUAUAUUACCCUCUUCUCUCCAUGUACACGAUCAUGUCUCAGGGUGGAAUUUAGUCACACCCAGCAUCCCACAAAUGCAACGUUUACACAGUGCCUUUAUUGCACUACUUGUAAGAUAAGUGUACCUGGUUGUUUUACUGUACUAGUGUCAUAGCUAGGUUUUUAAGUAUCCAGAACCAUUCAGGCUCUUAUCUUUAUAACUACUCAACAACUAACCUCUGCACUAUUUAUUGUCUGAAUUACUACCUGUAUGUAUAUUUUAUAUCUUUACACUCACACAUUUUGAGCUGAAAUAAUUAAAGGGUAAUUCCACCAUUUUUAUCUCCAGCACAAUACCAGUGUCUACAAAUGUGAAAACAGAGCAUUUCUACGUUUUGUAGACAAUAAUAUGAAGUAAAAAAACGUCUAACUGAUGACAUCAUCCAUUUUCAAACACCGUGAGAGUAGUUAUCGUAGGGUUAGCUUCUGUCAAACUAUUUACAUCCUGGUGACUUCACACCAGGAUGUAAAUAUCACACCCAUUGUUCAGAGUGGCCGGGGCAUUACCACAUGUUGUAUGUAAACAUCACACCCCACUUUUUUGAUUACAGUAUUUCGGAUGUGAGGAGGGUCCUAGUGUCUGUGUGCAGACAUGGUGUAAAAGGUGUUGAUCAAGGGGCUAUUGUAUUGGGGCCUAGUUGCUUCAAAUAAUUGUUUUAUUAAUAACCAGAGCUGUGAAUUUAAAACAUGCAGGGUUAAUUUAAUUCUAACCAACGCUCCAACCAAGUUCUCUCAGAGAGAAUGCUUA